AUGCGGCCCCCUUCUUUCUCUGGUGCUGAAGGACCCUUAGCAGCAGAAGAGUUCUUGAAGGUCACCGAGACUAUUCUCACGCUCACCAACACUGCUCGGAUUUGGUGGACUGCAGAGAAAGCUCAUUUGGAGAGACCGAUUUCGUGGGAUACCUUCACAGACCGUUUCAACAGGAAGUAUUUCCCUCAGUCAGCUCGGGACGAGCUUUUGCAAAGAUUUGUGGAGCUCAAGCAAGGAGGGCGAACAGUUGAUGAGUAUGAGGCCGAGUUUUCUUCCUUGAGUCGAUAUGCUCCCCACUUGGUUACAGACCCUACUUUCAGGAGGCAUAAGUUUCAGAAGGGCCUGGAUAAGUAUAUCAUGUUUGCUCUAGCUGGUAGAGCACUUGCGACGCACGAUGCAGUACUGGAUGCAGCACGUGAGAUUGAGAGCGUGCAGAAGGAACCUAAAGACUCACACGUGAUUCAGAGCAGGACACCAGCAGCUCCGACCCGGAAUGUCGAGCGUCCCCCUCCGAGACAGCAGCAGAACCCGCAGAGGCAGCAGCAUUCUCAGCGUCAACCAUUUCAUCAGGCUCAUCCUUAUCAGCGUCCUGGAGUGCAGUCUUAG